AUGGACAGUAAAAAAAUUUUUUCUAUUUUUCCUUUUUAUCGUUUUGAUGAAAACCAAAAAAGAAAAUUACAUUAUAUGUCAUUUAAAUUUCUUUGCUUAAGUUUAUAUGUGAUUGGAUUUUAUUAUGUUUUUCUAAAUAAUUCUUUAGAAAAUGGAAGCUUAGAAAAUGUUAAAAAUAGUAAUUUAUAUAAGCGCAAUUUAGUUGAGGCAGAAAGAAUUAAUAAGUUUUCACAAAGGAAAAAAAAUUCAAAACAUAAAAAAGAAAAUAUGAGUAAAACAAAAUACAAGGAAAAUAAUAAUAAGUGUAAUGAACAAAAUGUAGAUGAAAAUAAACAUAGUAUUAAUCAUGAUCUUGAGAAUAGUAAUAUAGAAAAUGAAAGUAAUAUUUCAAUAAGUAAUAUAAAUUAUAAUGAUAUAUCAAAACAAUUAACAGAAUCUGAAUUACGUGAGGUUUUAAAUUCAUUAAAAGAAUGUCCAUCAAAAGAAGAACUUAGAAAUUUAUGGACUCACACAGUUGGUGUUUCACAAGAAGGUUUUGAUGAUAUACCGAAAGAGUUAAAGGGAACUAUACAAAGAUAUUUAGUUAAUGAUAUUUAUGUAGAUACCAAUAAAUAUGGUGCUCGUACAUUUUUAUAUGACUAUACAUGGAAAGGUAUUCUUUUUAGUCUUUGUCGAACAGUAGCAAGUGAAGAGAUAAAAUACACUAAAAGAUUUCUUAAUUUAAUUAAUGAUAUACAUACACUUGAUGAUAUAUUAAAAUUUAUUUAUUCAUUCUUAGAAUAUUUUAAUACAUUGAAAAAGGAAUUACAUGAAAAAUACGAAAAGGAGCUCCUACAAAAAAUUUCUAUUAUAUUGAAUGAAAAUUAUUAA